GACGAUUGGUCCCCACCUCCGGCCACUCUCCUCCGUUAUCAGUCACGUAGCUCUGCGGCAGUAGAGAGAUUUUUACAGCGAGGCAGGGAAGAGGAGAAGCAGUGAGGUAGUGGAGAGCGAACAGAACAGGGUCUCAAAAUGGCACACCAGUACCCAGCACUUUCUGCUGAGCAGAAGCAGGAGCUACAAGAGAUUGCACAGCAGAUUGUGGCCCCCGGUAAAGGGAUCCUUGCUGCGGAUGAGUCUGUAGGGAGCAUGGCAAAGCGCCUAAACCAGAUUGGCGUUGAGAAUACCGAGGAAAAUCGUCGCCAGUACCGGCAGCUACUCUUUAGUGCGGAUGACCGGAUCAACAGCUGCAUUGGUGGUGUCAUCUUCUUUCAUGAGACAAUGUACCAAAGCACUGAUGAUGGCACUUCUUUUGUCAAGAUGAUCAAGGACAAAGGCAUCCUUGUGGGAAUAAAGGUGGACAAAGGUGUUGUACCCCUAGCUGGCACAAAUGGAGAGACAACUACUCAAGGGUUGGAUGGCUUGUCUGAACGCUGCGCCCAGUACAAGAAAGAUGGAGCUGACUUUGCCAAGUGGCGCUGUGUCUUGAAGAUUAGUGAGACAACUCCUUCUCAGCUCGCCAUUAUGGAGAAUGCCAAUGUCCUGGCACGCUAUGCCAGCAUAUGCCAACAGAAUGGAAUUGUGCCCAUUGUGGAACCAGAGAUCCUUCCUGAUGGAGAUCAUGACCUGAAACGCUGCCAAUAUGUCACAGAGAAGGUGUUGGCUGCAGUAUACAAGGCUCUGAGUGACCAUCAUGUUUACUUGGAAGGCACUCUUCUUAAACCUAAUAUGGUGACUCCAGGACAUGCCUGUCCCAUAAAGUACAGCCCAGAGGAGAUUGCCAUGGCCACAGUCACUGCCCUGCGCCGUAACGUCCCUCCUGCUGUUUCAGGUGUGACCUUCCUGUCUGGUGGUCAGAGCGAGGAGGAGGCCUCUAUCAACCUGAAUGCAAUCAAUAAAUGUCCUCUUGGUCGUCCCUGGCCCCUCACCUUCUCUUACGGCCGAGCCCUGCAAGCCUCUGCACUCAACACUUGGCGUGGCCAGAGAGAUAAUGAAGCGGCCGCCACAGAGGAAUUUGUCAAGAGAGCCGAGGUAAACAGUUUGGCAUCUCUUGGGAAGUAUGAGGCCAGUGGAGAUGGAAGUGAGGUGGCAGCCCAGUCACUCUAUGUGGCCAAUCAUGCUUACUGAGCAGCCGUGUUGUGCCCAGGUUUCAGCUUCUGCCACCUAAUAGGAUCUUCCACUGCUGCCACCUUCCAUAUCACUGACCAAUCACAGGUCUGCGUUGUCUUCUGUACUUUAGAACUAAUUAUAUAAAACAAAAAUACAGAAAAUACAUCUAAAAAGUCUAGUAUAUAUAAAAUUGAAAUAUUAAUGCUUCUUGUCAGGGUGGGGGGUUACUGCAACCAGCUCAUCUGAUCUUGCCUAGUGCUCUUUAGGUGACUAGUAGAGUUCAUAAUGGGAGGAGAAGGAGCACCAGUCACUGUAUUGAUUAUUGCUUGAGGCAUGUCUUUUAACUCUCACCAGACCAGAGAGUGGGCCACCAUCUACCAUUUUACUUGAAAGAUCAAAGAGUAGGCAAAAAAUAAAAAGUGGACCUCUCUAACAAUGGGAAUGUGGAAUAAAGGCAAGAAUGAAAGAGUGGUUAGGAGACACCCACAGCUCGCUCCACAGAGAUCUGAGAAGACACCCUGGAGAGCUCCAUUAGGACCGUUCAGCCAAACGGCCCUGGAGCAGAAAGACAAAAGGUGGAAAUGUGCCUCACAGUAGGGUGCAAAUGUUUGGAUAUUCACAUAAAGCUUGCAUCCCCAUCCCUUGAAAUGCAGUGAUCCAGUCUCUGUGCAAUAACAUGCUGAGUAUCUGAUGAGGGCCACAGACCUCUCUGCUGUGUGAGAAAUGUAUUUGUGUGAUAUUAGUGUUGUUCUCAAUACACCAAAAUUGUGACCAAAUAAACCUGUAGAACUGGACACCAAUUA